UGUUGUUACGGUGUAGAAAACUACAAGAACCAGUCAGCGGGACCAGCAGCAUCUCGGAUCAGGUGUUGACAGUUAGGGGUCCAUGGGUUAGGAGAAGAUCCUGACGGAACAACUCCACUACAGGUUCUGUUCACAUGGCUGUGACUGGGGCUUGAUUGGUGGCAGUCACAUCCUCAUAGUCUGCCUCUCUGAACUCACUCUGCACCUGGUUUCAGACCCAUGGGAGGGGCCAACGAGUCGAGCGUCUCCGAGUUCCUCCUCCUGGGACUCUCGCGGCAGCCCCAGCAGCAGCGGCUGCUGUUUGUGCUCUUCCUGAGCAUGUACCUGGCCACAGUCCUGGGGAACCUGCUCAUCGUCCUGGCCAUCGGCACAGACUCCCGCCUGCACACCCCCAUGUACUUCUUCCUCAGCAACCUGUCCUUCGUGGACGUCUGCUUCUCCUCCACCACCGUCCCCAAGAUGCUGGCCAAUCACGCCCUCGGGAGUCAGGCCAUCUCCUACUCUGGCUGUCUCACACAGAUGUACUUUCUCUUCAUAUUCAUGGACAUGGACAAUUUCCUCCUGGCCGUGAUGGCCUAUGACCGCUUUGUCGCCGUGUGCCACCCCUUACAUUACACGGCGAGGAUGACCCGCCAGCUCUGUGUCCUGCUGGUCACUGGGUCCUGGAUUGUUGCCAAUGCAGACAUGCUGUUGCACACCCUGCUGAUGGCACGACUGUCCUUCUGUGGGGACAACGCCAUCCCCCACUUCUUCUGUGAUGUGACUGCUCUCCUGAAGCUCUCCUGCUCGGACACACGGCUCAAUGAGGCGAUGAUUCUUUUUGAAGCUGGGCCAAUAAUGAUCAUCCCAUUUCUUUGUAUCCUGGUGUCGUAUAUCCUUAUUGCCUGGGCUGUAUGGAAAGUGCCAUCCACGCGGGGCAGGUGGAAAGCCUUCUCCACCUGCGGCUCGCACCUGGCUGUGGUUUCCCUCUUCUAUGGCACCAUCAUCGCUGUGUAUUUCAGCCCUUCGUCCUCGCACUCGGCUGAGAACGAUAUCACAUCCGUGGUGAUGUUCGCAGUGGUCACUCCCAUGCUGAACCCUUUCAUCUACAGCCUGAGGAACAAAGACAUGAGAUGUGCCCUUGGGAAAGUGAUGGCCAUGGGAUUUCUUUCUCCUCAGUGAUCCAGGGUAAGGAAAUCCUAGAGGGAACUAGUUAGUCUGAAAGCCAUCUAUGUACUGUGUGAAACUGCACAUUUGUCUGUUGUAAGAGAGACUGCUGAGUUGGGGGAACGAAACUCUGGAUACGAUUCCUCAGGUUACAGGUGGGAAGAGGGACCCUUCAGUCUAAUGACUGUUACUACUGUGUCUUCCAGCACCACCCACCCACCAAAAGCACACCUGGAUGAAGUGGGGUGAAUACAUUGGGUUAUUACUCGUUAUAGCAAGGGAGCCCACACAGCAUCAUGAGCCCCGAGGCAUCUCCACAAGAGCGUGCUAUGGAAGUCUUAUAAGACCUGAGACUGUGUGAAGUGAUGUUAGCGGGAAUUAGGAAUUGCAUCUUUGCUCUGGAUUAGAAGCUGUUAUACAGUAGGGACGACUUCGACCGUUUGACUCUCUCUGUAACUGCCUUUAAAAAUACAUAUUUUUAAAAAGACAUGGAAUCUUUUCGAGGAUAUAACCACAUAGCAUUAUUGCAUCUUAGAAAAUUAACUCCUUGCCGGCAUCCCAUAUGGGCACUGGUUCGUAUCCCUGCUGCUCCACUUCCAGUCCAGCUCUCUGCUGUGGCCUGGGAAGGCAGUGGAAGAUGGCCCAAGUCCUUGGGCU